AUGUCGGGCGACUCUUCGGGCCCACCACCUGGCUUCGGGCCGGACGAUGCGGGCUCACAAGAGCCUCCAGCGGCGCCUCCUCAUCCGAGUUUCGGGGCAGGUGACCGACAGUCUUCGAGCGGUGACCGCCCAGUUGGCGGCCUUUCCAGUGAUCCUGUACAAGACAGGCGAGUUCUUCAAAGUGCCCCUGAUGUGCCGGGGCAAGCAGAGCAGGAGGGACCUGCGCACCGUGAGCGAGAAGCACAGGAUGAAAGUGAGCCAACCUACGACCCCUCACUCCAUUGUUGGAACUCCGGAACAAACCACGAGCAGCCGCAUGACUCCACUCACCACGAGUGGAAUGCGGGAGCGGCUGCAGAUCGAGCGUGGGGAGAUGGGCGAGCUCAUCGUGGCGAUUGGAGCGAUCGCGCGGAUGCCUCAGCUGGCUACGGUAGACGCAGCAGCUGGGAGACGACGACAGUGAACUCCUCGGGCGAUGGCUGGACGAGGAGACUACGUGAAGAGGACCCGUGGGCGAGUGGGGGUGAUCCAUGGCAGCGGGAACCUAAGAAGUUUUGGGGUCACGGAGGGCGAGAUGGCCACGAGCGAAGGGAUCGAGGGCGUGAUUCUGGAGGCUUUCGAGGCGGUCCCUGGGCAGAUGGUCGAGACCUAGGACCGGGCGGCGACGAUUCGGCGCACCAUCGAGGAUUGUUCUGGGAUGAUAGCCGGGAUCAGCUUUAUCAAGGGCGUGAUUCGGGAGGCUUUCUAGGUGGUCCCUGGGCAGAUGGUCGAGAUCGCUUCCAAGGCUUACGCGAUUCCGGAUACCAUGGUCGCUGGCACGAUGUCUCUGGCCCCGGAUCAGAACCAGGCUCCUGGCAGGAUGGCCGCAGCUAUGAUGUGCACACGGACUGGGGUGCACAAGGCGGACAUGGCGGCUGGCGUGACUCCGAUGAUGGCUACAAGGGGUCACGGCCGACUGAAAGGAUGACAGUCCCCACCUUCUCAGCUGAGGACAAUGAUGACCUCGGCAACUCGGCGCGCUCCUACCUGAGGCAGAUAGAGGUGUGGAAGCGCAUCACCCGGGUUCCGGUGAACCAGCUCGGCUUGGUCCUCUACCAGCACCUCAGUGGCAAGGCAUGGAUCGCUGCUGAGGAGCUUUCGGUCUCAAAGUUGAGUACUUCGGAAGGGCUUGGAUACUUUACGUCUUGGGUGUCAGCGAGAUUCCUGGACUUGGAAGUUGCUAGAAUAGGGCGUGCCUUUUCCGACUUCUUCAGAAAACUCCGUCGCAAACCCUCGCAAACCAUCAGGGAGUACAACACCGAGUACGACAGGCUGCAUGGAAGGUUGCGAGAGGUCGGCUGCUCUCUUCCUGAGGAGUGUGCGGCGUGGUUGUACCUGGACCGCUUGCAGCUUGAAGAGUCUCAGGAGUUGAACCUUUUAGCGAGCGUUGGAAACAGGUACAGUCUACAUCACCUACAGCAUGCUGCAGUUCUCCAUGACCGAGGUCAGCGCAAGCCCUGGGAAGGAGCGACCGGGAAGGGACGAAGGACAAACUACGCCCACAUGACAAACCACGACUCCAGCGAUGAAGACGAGGACGGCGAGAACUACGAGGACGGAAUCCCGGAGGAAGUUGCGGAAGCGCUGAUGACCUACCAGUCGGCAAAGGAGAAGUACCGUGCACAACAGCGCUCCCGAGGCACCGUCGACGGCAACAAGAACGGGAAGGACGAGACCAGCGGGGGCGACAGUCGCCCCAGCGUCGGGGACCGGGACUCCAAGCUCAAGGCUAUGAAAGCCCGCUCGUUUUGCGGAGGCUGUGGCAGGAAAGGGCAUUGGCACAAGGACGACGCCUGUCCCCUUAACCGGAAUGGAGGUGCCAAAGCCGACGUCCCAAAGAACGUGGCCAUGACGAAUGCGAUGCCUGCCGACGUUUACGCGCUGAAGCACGUGUCCGACAACCUCAUGGGCGUGGCGGACACCGCGUGUGCCCGCACGGUGGCGGGGACGCAGUGGCUCCAGUCCUACACCAACAUCCUCGCUGAGAUUGGGGAGAAGCCGCUGCUGAAGAAGGAGUGCGAGGCCUACAGGUUCGGCACGGGAAGAGUUCACUACUCUUCCUUCUACGUCAUCGUGGGCUUCAAGCUUGGUGGCUACAACAUCCACGUGAGGACUUCGAUCAUCACCGGGGACAUCCCAUUGCUCCUCAGCAAAACGGUGCUUGGGAAGCUGGGCAUGAUUUAUGAUGUUCAACAGGGCAAGGCCGAUUUCCGGGCCAUAGGGCUUCGUGACUACGAGCUUGCUUCCACGGCUUCCGGCCAUCCGGCCAUUCCGAUCUGCCCGGUCGGUUUGUCUGCAGGCGAAACGCCGGAUCUACAGGUUGAAGACUUGCGACUGCAGCAGAUUGGGCAAUACAUGGAGGUUUAUGCUGUAGCUCACUGUGGUCCCCAGCCCCCAAAGUACUCCGGCAUCUUCUAUGAGAAGAAACUUGAUCCUGGAACCCGUGACAUGUUGAGUGGUGAUCGCUUGUCCCUUGCAGUGUUCCAAUCAUGGUGGGAGAAGUCGUGUAUUGAUCGAGAUUUUUGGGUUGAGACACCGUCCACCUGGGUGAGAGUGCACAUGGUACCACGAAGGGCCACUUUUAAUCCUUCUACUUGGCGUACGGGUUCUACUGUGCUCAGGGACAUGUUGGUUGCAAACAUUGGUGCCACCCGCAUGACUGAGAGUGUGUGCUGCAGAACUGGGAAGUGGAUAGAGUCGACCGUAGAUCAGUGGAGGCCAGGCCAAGUUGAUCAACAUGUGUUUCCGCUGCUCUGGGUCGGCAGAACUGUGUUCUACAAGUUGCCAUCCCCUGGCCCUCCUCACUGCGACCCUCGCGGCUCCGAUGGAAGCUCAGCCAUGCUCCGAGAAGAGCGUGCCUUGAUCUCAGAGGCGCUCAGAGUGGGCGCCACGGUGCACCACACAUGGUCCGUCCAAGAACUCAGAGCCACGAUCAGGGAGCACAUCGACACCUACACGGAGAAGACGGCGAGCCAGCGGAUGCGAGGACUGAGCUCGAUGACGAUGCCCGAGCUGACCAAGAAGGCGACCGAGAUGGGAGUGCAUGUGCCCGAGAAGGUUACGAAGGGAGCGCUGCUGAAGCUGAUCCGCGACACGGUCAGCAGCCCCGGGGACACCAUCAUGACGAUCGGACGGUGGAAGGGGAGUCUGUACACGGAGAUACCGGACUCCUACGGCAGCUGGGCGGCGGCAGAAGUGGCGAGGUCUCCGAACAGCUCGCCGGAGCUCGUGAUGUAUGCGAGGUGGUGGAGCGAGCAGCAGAAGAACAAAGCGGGCCGCGCGAAGAUCCCGGUGGAGGACGAGGACUACGAGGGGACGAUCAGUUCCCGCAGGAGCCCGACCUCGACGGGAACUUCGUGGGAGGAGGUCACAGUCACCCCCUCCAAGGGGUACCGCCAAUCAAGUGGGAAAGGGAACACGAAGACGACCCCAAAACGGAUGAGUCCCGAGCUGCUGGAGAAGACGGAAGGGAAGAUGGACUCGCAGGCGGACGCGGCUGUGUUGCAGGAGAUCGCCGACCUGGAGACGAAGUUGGCGAUCUUGAAGGACAAGGCCCGGGGAUCAAGCGAGGGGAUCAAAACAAGCACGCUGAGCUAUGCCACCGGCGUCGACCAGCCAGACCACGGGGUCUACACGACACGGCACCACGAGCACCACGAUCAAGCACAACGACGAGUACGUUUUUUAAGUCCCAGCGAUGGUCCGGAAGGCCGACUUCGUGAUGAUAACGGCCCACCUCGACCUGUACGCCAUGGUGACGACUCUUGCGAAUGGGGGGACUACUCCUUUGAGAACUGCCAGCGCGUCUUGGAGGACCUCGUCUUUGGCCGAGGAAAGCCGACCAUGCGGGCGGUACAAUUUGCUGAAGAGGACGGGGCCAACUACGACUGCGUAACCUAUGGCUUGUUCACCCAUGGUGGAGUGCACGGGUUGACGAGAGCUACUAAAGACGAUGAUGCCUUGGUGAGGUUCCUCAACCACUUUGGCCGAGAGCACCUUGGAGAUGAAGCUAAGUGGACAUCUAUUUCGGUAACUAAGAACGUUGCCAUCGGGAUCCACAAAGACUCCAACAACCUCCGUGGCUCUCUCAACUACUGCGCGACGGUUGGGUGGAAGAGAGACAAGGGUGGAUGGCUGCCAGGCCGCUACCACCGCACCAAAGAGACCUUCUUCGCCUUCGACCCCUUCAAGAAGCAUUGCUCGACUACGUGGGAGGGGACACGAUGGUGUAUAACUUACCACACCGUGAGGGGGAUCACCGAGGUCGGCAGCGAGAUCAAGAAGUUCCUCCGCGCAGCCGGUUUUCCGGUUGCUCACCACAAGAACUACAAGAAGGAACCCGCAAGCAAACCCCCGCCCAAGAAGAGCGUCAGGAACGGAAUCAUGAACUCUGCCGGGAAGUUGAGUGUUCUUAUGGCAACAUUGUUGGCCGCUACGGGAACCUACCUCAACGAGACGAUUGGACCUCCUGCUGACUACGACCCCAUCGUGAUGAUGGAGCUUGGCGGGUACGAGGGCACGAGCGAAGCGGUGGAGCUUGGGAAGGCCGUGAUUGAGCCACUGAUAUGGACCGACUUGCUCGACCCCAAGACGCAGGAGAACGCCUACUACUUUGUCACCGGAGCGAGUCCCCGGGAACUACGGAUCCACCCCGACGAGAUGCCGGGUGCACUUGAGACCUUUGUCAAGGGGUUGAUUGGAGAGCAAAUUCGCGAAGGAGGAGAAGUUGUACUACGAGGACACCGGGCGCACGAACUAGCAAAGGGGUACGAGAACUACCUGAAGUACAAGACCACCGACAAUGAGGACGCAUGGGUCAUCCUCGGGAAGUCCAAGGACGGAGGCCGCACAACCGGGGAAGGACCAAGACGCCAUGAUGUGUGUGUCGUCGGGGCUGAAGAUAGCCGAGAGGAGAGAGCACCACGGCUAGACGGAAGCGGUAUCACUUUCGAUGAAAGCGUCCCUGGCAUCCUUCAGUCGUCCCUGAGGAGAUUGCACCAGAACCUCGGACACCCUAGGAGCGAGGACCUUUGCCGCCACUUACGACUAGCGGGGUGUGAGCCGCACGUUGUCAAGGCUGUGAAAGGGAUGCGGUGUGAGACUUGCGAAGCUACCAAGCACGCGCAGAUCGCGCGACCCACUGCUUUGCCCAGGCUACUGGACUUCAACACCUGUGUCGGCGUCGAUAUCUUCUACUGCCACGACAUCAAUGACGUGAGGCACGCCUUUCUUGCAAUUGUCGAUUGGGCCACAACCUAUCAGGUCGCGGUGUUGCUUGAAGCCGAGACAGGACCGGAUAUCGAGCGAGCGUUCAACGACCACUGGCUUGGAGUGUUCGGCCCACCCACUACGGUUUCUCUCGACCUCGACGGCAAGGUGCAGGCAGGCCUUGCGCGGUUGUGCGACUGGCACAGCAUCAAAGUAAAGGACGUCGCGGCACAAGCAAAGUGGCAGGGCGGGGUGACUGAGAGACAGAUUGGGUGGUUCAAGGGAAUUUGGGAACGCGUUGUCCACGAGCUGAAUGUCGGGAGUGAGGAAGCCGCCCUUGCUGCUUCUAUGGUGUGCGCAGCAAAGAACGAUUUGAGGAGGAGAUGUGGACACAGUCCCAGUCAAUGGGUGCUCGGCAGAUCGCCGCGUGUCCCCGAAGAUCUGUGCGACCCCGACUCCGGCGAGGCGGCGACCUGGGACCUCACAAAGGACUCCAAGUUUCAGCGGGCCACGGCUAUGAGAACGAGCGCGAGGAUUGCUUUUCAUCAAGCACAAGGAGACGAUCGUCUGCGACGAGGCCUACUACAUCGAGCAAGGACCACCAAGGCAGUCUACGAGAUUGGCGACUCAGUGCACUACUGGAACCAGCCUAAGGACAGACGGAGACCACAUUGGGCAGGACCGGCGGUGGUUGUCGGCAAGCAAGGAGGAAGUUAUUGGGUUUCAAGAGGCGGACGUUGCAGGCUGACGGCCCCCGAACACCUCAGGUGUUCUGGACCUGAGGAAGUUGGCGAGUACCUCACCAUGAAAAACGUUCAGAGUGAGGUGACUAAGCUGUUGGCCAUGGAUAUCGACGACCCGGACACCUACGCCGAGGAGACCAUCAACGAGGACUACAGGGAGUCCGUCAAGCGGAAGGGCGAUGAAGGUGAUCAUCUUUCCGACUACGAGUACUCCGACUACGAGGGCGACGAGGUGAUCCUCGACCCCGAAGGCGACCAUGAGAUGCCCGACGAACCCCAGGCUAUCGAACAUGUCCUCCCGAGCCGGCGGAUGCGUAAGAAAGGGAAGCCACCAAGCCCGGAAGAUGCAGAUGAAGUUCUACUUACCAACAAGCCACUGACAAAGAGAGGGCACGCGAAGCGUCAAGAAAAGGAGCUGAAGUGGGAAGAGAUCCCCGACCACGCCAAAAAUCUCUUCAAGGAGGCCGAGAAGGUCCAGUGGGAAGAACAUCUCUCCUACGACGCCUUGGAGCCGCUCGAUUUGGAGCAGUCCAGUUUGGUUAGACAGACGGUCCCCCCAGACCGUAUCCUACCCUGCCGAUGGGCGUAUCGUGACAAGAACUGGGCCGCCCGGCAGGCUACCACCGCGGCUGGCGAACAGCCAGCAUGGAGAUGCAAGAGUAGAUUGGUGAUCGGGGGCCAUCGCGACCCCGACCUUGGCGUGGAAACUCUUUCUACGGACGCUCCUACGUUGUCAAGGCCGGGCUUCCUAUGUCUGAUGCAGCUACUGGCGAAUGGGUUGGAAGCCGAAGACAAGUGGAUGGUCGCAGCAGGCGACAUUCAGUGUGCCUUCCUGACGGGUGGCUACUUGUCACGUGGGGAGGAUUUAUUCCUCCAUCAACCCCCCCGGGACUUUUGCCCGGGCAACUGGUAA